AUGUGGGCAGAGGUGGAUGUGCAACCUCUUGUCCCACCUGUGACUGAGAAGAUGCCUGGAAGACCAAGAAAACAUAAUAGAAGGAAAGAUCCAGAUGAAGGUAAAAGAGAUUCUGGGAGGCCAUCACAAGGUGGAAGACCACUUACCUUAGGGAAAAAGGGAGUGAAGAUGACAUGCUCAUAUUGUGGACAGAAGAACCACAAUGUCAAAGGUUGCCCUUCUAAGAAGAAUCAGACAUUGGAUGAAAACAGCCAAAAGGCAAAUGAAAAAGAUGAGCAAGGAGGGGUCAACCAAAUGAACAAUGACCCAAAUGGGCCCUCACAAGCAUCUGCCUCAGUGGGCCCUGAGCAAAUGGAGCCUGCCUCAGUGGGCCUUAACCAAAUGGAGCCUGCCUCAGUGGACCCUGACCAAAUGGAGCCUGCCUCAGUGGGCCCUGAGCAAAUGGGCACUCAGGAGAUGAGCUCUGAGCAAAUGGGCCCUGAGCAAAUGGGCCUUGACCAAAUGGGCUCUCAGCAGAUGGACAAUGACCCAGACUUGGAAGAUAUUUAUUCAGUCAUUGAUAAAUUUGAUGCUUUUGAUGCAUCACUGCCCAACAAUGAACAACCACUUGCAAGGCCUCCUCAAAGUAAAAGAAGAAACAACUCUCCUCAGAGAGCAAGAAGCAAGACCUCAAAGAAACAGAAUGCAAUGAAGACUACUGAAACUCAAGUGAGAACCACAAGGUCUGCCAACACCUCAAUUGAGAAGUCACCGGCCCUUACCAAGAAGACAAGAGAAGUCUCAACAAAAAAAAAGUUGGCCAAAAGCAUCACAGUGUCAGGACCAACCACAAGAUCCAAGAAGAACAUCAAUUCCACUUCAACUACCAAUUCCAUGGGUAGUAAGUCAAUUGAUAAGGUCACAGGUAUUGAGAAAAUUGUGCACACACAGAACUCUCAAACCACCAAGGAUGUUCACAGCACAAAAAAAACUUUAGGUCUGAAAAGGAAGUUGGAUGUGAGAAAGAUGUCAAAAUCUCAAGGUCAAACAUCCACUGCUGCUCCUGAGGUUGACAGACCCCCAUGGAGACCACCUGGGAGGUUACUCAGAGAUGGUGAUGGUGCAAGCUUCUCAAGAAUGUUUGGUGCAGGAGUCAUGAUAAGUGGAGGAGGGAUUGUAAACAGGACAGACCCAUCUUUGGUCAGAAGUGAAGAAAUUGUCAGAGCUGAAGAAGAAGUCCCAAUUUGCAAACAACAGUAG